GGGGCUCGCGCCGGACGCGUGACGUCAUCGACGCCAUCGCCCUCGUGACGUCACGCGGGCGAGUAGGAGACACGCGGUGAGACGGGCGUCGGAGGCGGCGUCGUCGGCGGCUGACGGACGCACACGGAGGGAGCGGAGAGAGAGGAGUCGCUCGCACCCGCUCGAGGCGCAACUCGCAGCGCGAAGGAGGACGCGGCGGAGAAGAGAGGCAACAUGGCUGGGAUACCAGGACGAUUCUGCCACGAUUCCGCAGCAUCUCGGCGGUGGCAGAUCCAGUCGUGCCCCCUGACCUCGCACUACAUCAUCGUGUGCGACGACGACAACGACGACGACAACGACGAAGACGAUGACGACGACGCCGCGUCGGGGGGCGAGCGCUGCGAUUGGCCCAAGCGGCAGGAGGAGGCGGAGGCCGAGCCGAUUCUGUCGCUGGAGCAGAUGGUGACGAUCAACCCUCCGGACGCGAGGACCACUCCGCUCGCCCCGCCGCCCGACGCCGCGACGUCGACUCCGGAGGCCGACUCCGGCGGGCGACUCGCGCCGGACGCCCCGACGGCCACGGUGGAACACGCGCGGCCCGGCGUCACGCUGCUCCUCAACGCGCCGCCCGCGGCGACGUCGCCCGGCGCCGCCGCCGCCGCGGCCGCCUCGGAGGGCGACCGGGCCGACGGUGACGGCGGCGGCGGCUCGGGGGGGCAGUGGGACCCCCCCACGUCGGGGAGCCAGUCCGGCUGCUCGGCGGGCGCCGGGCGCCCCGCUAACGGCGCCGCCGUGUUCCAGUGCAGCCCCGAGCGCGCCAGCUCGGUGUGCACGGAGCUGUCGUGCGACCUCCCCACGCACUCGUCGUGCGACCCGUCGUGCGACUUCAACAGCGAGCCGUCGUGCGACUCGGCUGGCGAUGACGCCAAGGAGGAUAGCGACGGCGGCGGCGGCGGCGGCGGCGGCGGCGGCGACGGCGGUGACGGCGGUGGUGGUGGUAACGGCGGUGGUAACGGUGGUGAUGAUGACACUGGGGAAGGUGGUAAUGGUGGCGGUGAUGGUGAUAGUGGUGCCGAUAGCGGUGACAGCGGCGGUGGUGGUGGUGGCGGCGGUGGCGGCGAUGCUGAUAGAAGUAAGGGACAAUCAAAUAAGGCAGGGGAAGAAUUGAAAGGGGACCGUGAAGACCUGCCUCCGGAAGCGAAGCUGAACGACCGGCUGGGAACGUGCGACUCUGUGGAAUUGGCUCGUAUUGCCAGGAGAACGAGAAAGUGCGGCAAGGUGUGGCACAUCUGCCGGAGUGGGAACGUGCGACCGCCAAGCAACCCUUCCCUGGAACUGCCGCAUGAGGCCCUCCACCCAAACACCGCCAGCAUCUACCUGGAGACGCGCUGCGAUGCCUUCAGCCCUGCUCUGCACCAGUUCUGCACAAACCCGGCAAACCCGGUCACCAUCGUCCGCGGCAUGGCCGGAGUGCUGGGCAUAGACCUCGGCGUGUUCAGCACCAAGUCGCUGGUGCGCGUCGCUCCCGAGCAGGAGGUGGAGGUUCGCUCGCAGGCGCUGCAGCCUCGCGACGGCAACCUGGACCCGGCGCGCACACGCCACAGCUGGCUCUGCCUGAGCCACAAGACGCAGACCACGCUGGCACGCUACGCGUACUACCAGGCGCAGACCUUCCACAGCGCCCUCGCGGAGCAUAACAUAUGUAAUCGGAUGAAUGGCGUACAAACAAGAAUCUUUGAUACAAGUCAAAGGCUGGACGGCUUGGAGUGCAUGGCCCCAUUCAGGACCCUCAAGUUCGGCACCAACAUUGACCUGUCGGAUGAGAAAACGUGGAGCGCUCAGCUGGCCGAGGUGUGCAAGCUGCCUCCGUUCAUGCGUCUCCACUCAGUGGGGAACAUGCUGAGCCACGUGGGCCACAAGAUCGAGGGCAUGAACACGCUGCAGCUCUACAUGAAGGUGCCGGGAAGCCGCACGCCAGGCCACCAGGAGAACAACAACUUCUGCUCGGUCAACAUAAACAUUGGCCCCGGCGAGUGCGAGUGGUUUUGUGUCCCCGAAGAGCACUGGGGGGUGAUUCACUCGCUGUGCGAGAGGGAAGGAGUGAACUACCUCACGGGCUCGUGGUGGCCGGUGCUGGCGCACCUGGAGGCCGAGCAGGUGCCCCUGUACCGCUUCGUGCAGCGCCCGGGUGACCUCGUGUGGAUCAACCCGGGCACCGUGCACUGGGUGCAAGCGCUGGGCUGGUGCAACAACAUCGCGUGGAACGUGGGGCCACUCACCGCCCACCAGUACCAGCUGGCGGUGGAGCGCUACGAGUGGAACCGGCGGAGUCGCGUGCAGUCCAUCGUACCCAUGGUGCACCUCUCCUGGAACCUGGCGCAGAACAUUCGGGUGAAGGACGCUCAGCUCUACUCGCAUAUGAGGUACUGCCUGCAGCAGAGCCUGUGCGAGUGGUUCUGCACGCUCAACAUCCUGGAGCAGCUGGGCAAGAGGACAAUCGUGCAGCCGCGCGCCCCCGGGGAGAGCGUCUACUACUGCCACGACUGCGAGAUCGAGGUGUUCAGCCUGCUGUUUGCGGUGCGUUCCGUGCCGGGCGCGCGUGCCUACCGCGUGUACUGCCGCGCGUGCGCCAUGCGCGUGAGCCCACAGCUCAAGCCGUUCACCGUCAUUCAGCAGCACAGCUCUCACGAACUCAGGACAAUGUUCGACCACUUUACACUGUUUCCUGCCAACGCAGCGAGCUGAUCCCCAUACACGCGGCCGGCAGUGCGUGUACGCUCACGUGCGUGUAUACCUGAGUGUGCGUAUGUGGACCUCACUCACUGGUGCUACACACUUGUACAAUGCACGUGUACGCACGUGAAAUGCACGUGCACACACCUACAAUGCACGUGCACACGCGUACAAUGCACGUGUACACGCGUACAAUGCACGUGUUCACGUGCCCAUGCCCGCUAACCCACCCAUCCCCCCACCCCCAGUGCACUGGUUGCAAUACUUACACUUCGAACAACACCAGCCUGUACAGACCUGUAUAUGCCACAAAUUAUCUCGUGUAAAUACGCGAAGGUGAGUUAAGAAGAAUUCGUUUCACCGAGUCGGAAUAAUUCCAUCCACAGUUUACCUCUCUAGUACCCUGGUAUAUAUAAAAAA